AUGGCAACUAACGAUGAUCCAAUACAUACAGAUAAAAUAAUUGAAGGUUUAUAUGGGAAUGAUUUAAAAAAUCAAUUAGAUUUUCAUCUUUCAUCAUAUGUUAAAACUCCUAUUCAAUUACAUUUAGUUAAUUCAAAAAAUUCAAUUAUUGCUCGAUCAUUACGUCAUGCUAUUGUUGAUUUACUUGAUAGUAUAUUGAAAAAACCGAAUGAAUAUAUAGAAAAUGAAACAACUGUUAUGGGUACUGAACAUCGUUUAUAUCAUUUACGUCGUUAUAUAUUUAAAUCAGAUGAUAAGGAAUUUCAAUGUCCUGAAUUACUUAAUGAUGGUAAACUUGAAUUAGAAAUAAGUUCAUUAGCUCCAACAGUUUUUUAUCAAUUACGUGAAGAUAUUGGUAUAUCGAAUAUAAAUUUUCGUGAAUCAUUUUCUAAACAUCAUUUAAAAGAUUUUACAAAUCCUGGUAAAAGUGGUUCUUUAAUGUAUAAAACAUAUGAUGAUUUAUUUAUUUUAAAAACAUUACGAGCCUAUGAAGCACGUUUAUUAAUGCAAAUUUUAUCCGGUUAUCAUUUACAAUUAACACAACGUACGACAAUAUUAAAUCGUUAUGUUGGUUUAUAUUCAAUACGUUUUCCAGCAUUUAUAUCUUCAGUUGAAAUUUAUUUUGUUAUUAUGGUAAAUGCAUUUACAUCGUCAUUACAAAUUAAUGAAAUAUUUGAUAUAAAAGGUUCAACGAUAAAAAGAAAAUUAUCGGGACAUUUAACAGUCGAUAAAUUACAUAAUUUAAAAGAUGUUGAUUUUACGAAUAUAUAUCCACAUGGAAUACGAAUAUCAACAAAUAUCUAUCGUCGAUUACAUAUGGUGAUAUCAAAUGAUGUUAAAGUUUUAAAAAAACUUAAUAUAACUGAUUUUUCAUUAAUUAUUGGUAUUAAACAUUUAGAUAUGACAGAAGAAGAUCUUAUACAACGGCGACCAGCAACAGGUCUAGCUGCAUUAUUUCAUAUGAGUCAUAAAAUAGUAUUAAUGCAUACAGAUAAACAUAAUCAAAUAUCACCAUCAAAUUCUCAAAAUGAUUUAAAUUCUUUAUCUAUUUCAUAUUUAAAACCAUUACAAAUGAUUGGUGAAAAUAUUGAUCGGAAUUUAUAUUAUAAUAAUGAUAAUAUUGCUCAUGCUGCUUUACCUAUACCAGGUCUUGUAUAUGAAAAUAAUCAACGUGUUUAUAUAUAUUUAGCAAUAGUUGAUAUACUUCAAACAUAUGAUAGUUUUAAAUAUAUAGAACAAUCAUUAAAAAAAAUUACUGAUCCUAGUCGUCGUAUGCAAUAUUCUGUUGUUGAUCCAAUUACAUAUGAAAAACGAAUUAUAAAAUUUUUAUUUAAUUCAGUUUUUGUUGAUGCUGGUGAUAGUUUUCCAUGGCCUAGGAUUGAAAUUAGUAUACCUAACGCUGAUAUUCAGAAUCAAUCUGAAGAAAACAAUAGAAAUUCAAAUGAUACUAUUGACUUAUAA